GCGGGAGGGGGAUGCAUGGGGUGCUGGCGGUGCUCCCUGGCUGAGCGGUCCCUGCCUGAUGGCCAGGGAGCCUCGAGCCCCGCAGUGCCGGGAGCAGGGCUCUGGCCGUGCAGCCUCACACACCGGUUCCCACAGGUGAACCAGGGGAACAUCCCCGGCAUCCAGAGCACCUUCCUGGCCAUGGACACGGAGGAGGGCGUGGAGGUGGUGUGGAACGAGCUGCUCUUCUGUGACAAGAAGGCGUUCAAGGCCCAUGAGGAGAAGAUCAAGACCAUGUUUGAGCAGCUGGUGCUCGUUGACCACCCCAACAUCGUGAAGCUGCACAAGUAUUGGCUGGGCGCCAAGGACUCCAAGGCUCGGGUGAUCUUCAUCACGGAGUACGUGUCCUCGGGGAGCCUGAAGCAGUUCCUGAAGAAAACCAAGAAGAAUCAUAAGGCCAUGAACGCCCGGGCCUGGAAGCGCUGGUGCACCCAGAUCCUCUCGGCUCUCAGCUUCCUGCAUGCCUGCGACCCACCCAUCAUCCAUGGCAACCUGACCAGCGACACCAUCUUCAUCCAGCACAACGGGCUCAUCAAGAUCGGGUCAGUCUGGCAACGGGUGUUUGCAAAUGCCCUCCCCGACCACCUCCGCAGCCCCAUCCGCACCGAGAGAGAGGAGCAGCGCAACAUGCACUUCUUCCCCCCGGAGUAUGGCCGAGAGGCCGACGGGACGGCUGUGGACAUUUUCUCCUUUGGGAUGUGUGCCCUGGAGAUGGCCGUGCUGGAGAUCCAGAGCAACGGGGAUGCCCGGGUCUCGGAGGAGGCGAUCACUCAGGCCAGGCACUCCCUGGACGAUCCCAACAUGCGGGAGUUCAUCCUGUCGUGCCUGACCUUCAAUCCGGACAAGCGGCCAACAGCCCACAACCUGCUCUUCCACCGGGUGCUCUUUGAGGUCCAUUCCCUCAAGCUGCUGGCUGCGCACUGCUUCAUCAACAACCAGUACCUGAUGCCGGAGAACGUGGUGGAGGAGAAGACAAAGGAGCUGGAUCUGAACAUGGUGAUGGCGGAGAUCCGACGCGAGGGGCAGCCCUCGGUGCAGUGGAGGUACUCGGAGGUCUCCUUCCUGGAGCUCGACAAGUUCCUGGAGGAUGUCAGGAACGGGAUCUAUCCCCUGAUGAACUUCGCUGUGACAAGACCCCUGGCGCUCCCGCGGGCACUGUCCCAACCCCAGGAGGACCCCCAGAAAACCAAGACUCCUACCCCUGAGCCCUUCGAUGUGGAGACGAGGAAGGUGGUACAGAUGCAGUGCAACAUGGAGCUGAAUGAAGAUAAGAGUCAGUGGCAUCUCACGCUCCUACUGGUCCUGGAAGACAAGCUGCACCGGCAUCUGAGCUACGACCUGCUGCCAACUGAUAAUUCCAAGGAUUUGGCCAUGGAGCUGGUGCACUAUGGGUUCAUCCAUGAGGAUGACUGCGAGAAGCUGGCCAACUUCCUGGAGAGCACGUUCCACAAGUACUGGUCUGCUCCCUUCCUGUGCGAGGGAUACAUCCUGCCCUGGUUCGGAAAGACAACGGCAAGAGGAGGAAAGAUCAGUGAACAGGAGGGAUGACACCUGUAUCACUGGAACUAGGAAUGGGCACGACUGCAAUCUCCAGUCACCACCCGAUGAAAGCGAGGGAGAGUGGGUGGAGGAGUAUGUGUGACACCUGCAGCUGGGGCAUGGAAGAUGUCUCCCCUUCUGUUCCUCCCGUGGCAUGUGGGCCACUGGCCUGCAACAGGGGGUAUCUGAGCUGUGGACUGGUCAGGUUAAAAAAUGCAGAUAGGUAUGAGCUGUGCAUCCAGCGUGGUGCCGCCCUGCCCUGCCACGUCCCUCUGCCUGGCUGUGCCCUGCUGCCCUCUCUGCUUUGCUGCCAACUCCCUGUGCUGUGCCAGCUGCCUGCGUGCUGUCAGCUUCCCGUGUUGCCGUGGCCGCAUUGCACUGUGCCACUGACUCCCCGUGCUGCGCCGGCUGCCUGCAUGCUGCCACCUUCCCGCACUGCUGUGGGAAGCUGCAUCCUGCAUCCUCUCGCUGCAUCCUGCUGUGCUGGCUUGCCAUCCAAGCUGCUUUGCUGAGCUAUUCUGGCCGAGCCUGGCCAGUUGUGUUGCAUGUGCAGACUCGCAACCACUGCCAAAUCCAUAGGUCUAUGGAAAGGACCAAGUGACGUGUGGUGUCUGUGGAUUAACUACCAUGUCAUCACCAUUACAUGGAGAAGCUGCAAUGUAGUUUCUCUUGGGCCCAGCUGGCUGGGCAGGAAAGACAGGUAAAAGGGGGAAGAGGAGGGGCUGGGUGGUAAAAUGCUCCAGCUGUUUGGUCCUGGUGGUCUUUGAAUGUUUCCUCUUGUGCCAUGGCAAGCCUGUGCUUGACUUUGCAAGCUGACAACUUCCUUUGUGUCGCAGCUGCUUCCUUUCCCUGAUGGCUCAUGCUCAGCUUUCUCAACUCCAUCUCCCUGGCUGACAUGUAUCACCAACAAGUUCCAGCUUGAUUUCUC